AGGACAAACUCAAGAUGCCCCUCGGCAUCGUUCUGCAGCCCCUGGCGCCGCUGCCGCUUGAGGCGAUGGAAGAGGGCACCGAGCCCCUCGGGGUCCCCACGGUGAACUUCGGGGCGGUGGGGACCAUCGUCAGGUGCAAGAGCUGCCGGACGUACGUGAACCCCUUCGUGCAUUGGGAGGCCAACGGUCGGCGGUGGACGUGCAACCUGUGCGGCUUCUCGCAGCUGACCCCGGACCAGUACUUCGCCAGCCUCGACGAGACGGGCAAGAGGACUGACCGCUACCAGAGGCCGGAGCUGUCCAGGGGGGCAAUCGAGUACAUCGCCCCGGGGGAGUACAUGGUCAGGCCGCCGCAGCCUCCCGUCUUCAUGUUUGUCAUCGACGUGUCGUACACGGCCGUGGUCACCGGCAUGCUCGACACCGUGGUGGCGAGCAUCAAGGAGGCGAUCCUGUCUGGCAACCUGCCUGGAGGGAGCCGGACACAGAUAGGCAUCAUCACUUUCGACACCUCCCUCCACUUCUACAACCUGAACGCGAACCUGAGCCAGCCGCAGAUGUUGGUAGUCUCGGACCUGGAGGACAUCUUCGUGCCCCUCCCCGACGACGUCCUCGUUCCCAUCCAGGACGGCGCGAGCUGCCGGGGAGACACGCACGCUCCCUGCGCCGCCUGGACGGGCCAAGAGGCCCGGCGCGCGCGUGCACGGCCCGAUGCACGCACUCGUCGGGGCUGACGAGACGGGGGUCGAUGCCAGCGGGGGCCAGCCAGAGCGCCAG